AUGUGUGGAACAACUGACAGAGCGCCUUUUGCUUGGGCGCCAAGUUAAUCCCAAAAACAUCCUCUCGAAGCUACCCCGCAAUAUCUGCACAAUAAACUUUUGGCGGUGACUGACAUGGAGGAAGAAGGCGGAGGUGCUACGGCGUUUCCGGUGCUGUUCUACGACGGCGAGAGGGAGUUAGACAUCGGAGAUGUGGAAAUUAGUCCGAUGUUGGAGUACAAACCUUUUCAGCAAAUGCUAAGCCAGAAGAUCGGGAUCUCACCCAACCAGAUUUCCACAUAUCUCGUCAAUCGAGGAAGGAACCACAAAUCGGCGUUCGCUGAGGACCGACGGAGGUUUCCGAUUACAGGUAAGGUCAACUUUGCGUCAAUAUGUCGCCAGAGGGGGUGUAGCUUCCUCGUAGUGCUGAAGAGGUCGCGGAAGUCGAGAAAUCGAAGGGAGAGGAUGCUAAGCGACGCUGAGAUCUCCGAUUACUCGCCGGAAAACGAGUUUUCUCCGAAUCCAGCGAUUCCUGUGCCGGCGAAUCUGAUUCUGCUGCGGAGGAGUCCAGCGGCGCCGUUCUAUGACCAUAUUUCACAGUCAGAGCUCGAUGAUCUGAACGGUCGUCUACAGCUGCGGGAUUUGAACGGUCGUCUGCAGAGUUUGUGGAUUCAAAAUGAGAAAUACCAAAAGGCGAUUGCGAAGGAAAACGUGAAUUCACCAAAUUUCUAUUCGAAGACUGGAUUCGAUUCGAAUGCGUAUCUCGAUUCGUUUCCGGCGAUCGAAGACUUGUACCGUGUGGAUUCAACAAUUCCGGCGACGAAGACUGAAGCAGGGAAGGCUUUCUGCGAAGAGUGCUGGAACAACGCGAAGAACAACAGCGACACGACGUCGUUUCAUCACUGCGUUAACGACAAGGUAAUUACUCGAAUCACUACUAGGCUACCUCCGAUUAGUCGGCCGGCCAAACCUCUCGCCUGAAUUUCUUUUUCCGGUCAAAAAAUCA